UUGAAUUUACGAUGAUGGACUUUGUUGUUGCUUUUCCAAUGAACAAGAAUUGAUUUUAUGUCAUGUCACAGCCAAACAAAUGUUGGUCUGAUGAGCACAUCGAUGUGAUUUUUUACUACCUUCGUAAAAAAUUAAAACUUUGCAGCAUGGAUCAAUACAGAUACACAACAACCCACUGUUUGUUCAAGUCACAUGUAAAAAACUGUUAUGAUAGAUAUUACAUGGACGAUGAUGAUGAUAGUCUUACUACUCAAGAACAUAUUGAUCGCGCUUCAGUUGUAUCUGUACAUGAGAGGUCAAUUAUUAACAUCAUCAAAGGGUUUGGAAUACCAGCUGCUUUACCAUGACAUCUUGUAGAUGAGGUCUACAUCCCAAUUAACUGUGAUCAAGAAUUCCAUUGGGUGUUGGCUGUUGUUAAGUUGAAAAACACGUUGAUACGGGUUUUUCACUCAUCAAUUAGCACAAGGAAAAAAACAAUUCCUCAUGCGAUCAAGAUGUUGUCUAAAAUGCUUCCUUCAUACCUACUUGACAGUGGAUUUUUUGAAGAAAAUGAAUGCACAAAAUUUGCUGAUUGUCAUGCAUAUAAAGACAACAUUACUGGUUCACUUCUGGAUCCCCAAGUCCCUUUCAUGAUUGAAUUUGCACAAGACAUCCCUACACAGGAAAGCAAUAGCCUAGACUGUGGGUUAUAUGUUACUGCAUUUGCCGAGUAUAUCAGUGACCAAAUCAAUAUAUCAUAUGCUGAUUUUAGUCCUGAUUACCUGCGUCAAAGAUAUGGAGCAUUGCUGUGGAGUUAUGGAAGUGAGAAGGCUAUGUGCGGAUAUGUUAGUGACAAUGAUGAUCCACCAAAAUCCAAGGGCGUAGUCACACCACCACCAGAAGAAGAUUUAGUUCACAUAGUGUAGCAUU